AUGAGUUUCGACAAGAAUGUUGCGAUUGGCUACGAGAUCACCAAGAUGUGUGAGUACAGUGGAGGUUUCACCACCCUAGAUUUCGUCGAUUUAACGGAGGAAGGUUUCGACGAUUAUGAGGAAUAUGUAGCAAAUAUGCGGCAGCCGACCACGUGGGGCGGCCAGGUGGAGCUCACGGCUCUCUGUGGUGCUUACGGUGUUACUGCAUUAGUUUUACGUGCUCAACGGGUUCACUAUGAGAUCAAAUACAAGGAAGUGGACGCAGAGACCACUCAGUGUAUUCUGCUGUCUUAUCAUGAUGGAGAGCACUAUAAUGCAGUCCUAUGGGAAGACGAUGAACGACUACGGACUCUGGCUGAAGUUCGUGAAUGCUUCUCCUCAACGGGUGAAGAUAAAUGGGCUGAAAAGAAGAAGAAGCAAAAGUCGAAAAAUAAACGAAAAAAGGCGGGGAAGAAAUCCCGUGAGAAGGACGAUGAGGAACAGAAGCAAUGUGGAGAAGCGCAUCUGGUUCGUGUGUGA